CCUCCCCCGCCGGGCAGGCGUCUCAACAAAGAAUAAAGGAGGGGUAUUCUCCGCAGACUGUGCCUAGACACCAUCGCAUCCGCCUGCAACAGAAUGAGGCAACAGCACAACGGCUCGCAACACAACGGCGGUCCCAGUCAUCCCAACGAAAGCAGUCAAAGCGCGGGCCUCGAACCUUCAAACCCCCCCUCUCAAACGUCUGACCGACUCGCCGAGGAACUGGUUUAUUAUCGAAGCUUUCUUGAACAGCUGUUAGGCUUUGUACGAAAUGGAGAUCAGGAAGUUGUCAACCGGAUGGUCUCCAUUAUUCGUUCGGACGCUUCACACCAGGAGAUCCUGACAGCCUUGUCUGAGAACGCAGCAGACAAUACUCAAUCUGUCCAAAGGGAUCGUGACCGGAAUAAUCACAAUCAGAAUUAGAGAUUCACAGCCCGGUCUCGCUCCGCAUACAGCAGGUUGUUCGCAUGAUCACUUGAGGAGGUCUUUGCUCAGCUAUCGUGGUCCCCAUUAUUGAACACAGAUGG